CCGCCUCCUCCCCGCCCCCGCCCCGCCUCCGCCGCCGCCGCCGCCGCCGCCGCUGCUGCGCCUCUGCUCCUGCCGUCCCCGCUGCAGUGCGAAGGGCUCGAAGAUGGCCGGUUGGCAGAGCUACGUGGAUAACCUGAUGUGCGAUGGCUGCUGCCAGGAGGCCGCCAUUGUCGGCUACUGCGACGCCAAAUACGUCUGGGCAGCCACGGCCGGGGGCGUCUUCCAGAGCAUCACGCCAGUAGAAAUAGAUAUGAUUGUAGGAAAAGACCGGGAAGGUUUCUUUACCAACGGUUUGACUCUUGGAGCAAAGAAGUGCUCUGUGAUCAGAGAUAGUCUAUACGUUGACGGUGACUGCACAAUGGAUAUCCGGACAAAGAGUCAAGGCGGGGAGCCAACUUACAAUGUUGCUGUUGGCAGAGCUGGGAGAGUCUUGGUCUUUGUAAUGGGAAAAGAAGGGGUCCAUGGAGGCACAAUUAACAAGAAAACAUAUGAACUCGCUUUAUACCUGAAGAGGUCUGAUGUGUAAGCAGCCUCUCCCCAUCUACCUACCAACUGUCUUCAUUACCACCCUAAUUACGGUCACAGUGCUACCAGACUGUAGGUGGUAGCUAGUUUUUCCUUCCUUAUUUUCUAAUGUCAUGAUUCCCAAAGGGUCAUUUGUAUGUUAAGUACUGUGUGUAACCAACCCUUAUCUGGCAUCAUAAUUGCAGCACAAUAAUGAUUUGCAUGAUAUCUUGAAAUUGGGGGAAGGGGGCAUGCCAAGUUGGGCAUCACUUCGUCUUAGCAAUUAGUGGAAUACUGAUUACUAAAAUAAGUUACUGUUAAGCAAGGCGCCCGCCCGCCGGUGUACAGUCCCUGCCUGAUCCGUCUCCAGCACCUCGGGCAUUCACUGGCUCACUUAGUCUUCCUUUCGUAGCGCACGGCUGGUAGGAGGAAGUGCACGCAUCCGUACUUCACACUCCUCAUCCCUCCCUUCCAACAUGGGGCGUUUGCUUUGCUUCCCUUCUCCUUUGUGCAGUGCCUGGUUUAUUUCACCUAAUUAAUACCUCCUCUGUUGAUGAGCUAUUGAGAGUUGCAGUGAUUUACUUGUAAUACGAUGAGCGCACUGGGGACAGACUAUUUGUAGUGUCUAUAGGACUUGAAGCGUGCAACUUCAGGAGCAAAGGCACUUCCUCCCAUGACCUUACUACAGUAACCAUACCGAUCAAAUUCCCAGGGACAUUCUGUCAUCGCAGUAGCUCAGACUUGUCUUUUCUUUGCACACCAGCUGUACUCUUGAGUAAAAUGUAAAAGGCUGCCAUUGUGGAUAUUAGGUAUCCCAACAUAACCAUCUGGAGUGUGUCCAGUUUAUUUUUCAUAGGACCAAUUUUUAUUUGCAGCUUACGUUUUUAUAUGAAGUUGCAUUAUUGUGGACUUGGCUGUCUUGUGAUGUAUUUUUUUCAUAUGUAUCCUGUGCCAUACUAUUGUUAAAAUGAACUGUUGCUAUUGUGAGAUGGAUUUUCUUUCGAAUGGCACUACUUUAGGGACAUUCUAGUAUUUGCUUCUAUUGUUUGGGCAUUGUGGAUAAUGUACAGAUUUAAAAACAAAUCUUGUUGCUGAUUUGUCCAUUUCUUUCCCUGCACUUUGUUACAUCUGGGAUACAGUCUAACUCAUCUGAUUUAAUAUGCAUUUAAAAAAAUGCCAUAACUAUUAAACACCUUGUUUACAGACAGAUGAAAUAAAUUUAUUCCAACCAAA